CUUUCUUAUAUAAGCCUGCAGAUCCCUUAGACACGCGGCCUCGGCAACCACUUUCUCCAUCGCCCCUCUCUCCUCUGCAACUUAUUGGACUCGACAUUUUGGGCAUGGGCUUGGACUUGGGCUUGUCAACCCUUUUAAGUCCAGCCUAGCCCAGUUUGGAUGAACACCAAAGCCAUCUGAGGGAGCCUCCACACUGCAAUCCCAACCAAACUCACCCCGUCGUUCAAAAUCUCAGGCCUUAAACCCUAGCAAACUCAACCAGUUCCCCUCUCUCUCUCAACAAUGCUGGCUCGCUUCGUUUCCAAACCCUCUAAUUUCCGUCUCUUAACUCUACUCUCCACCAAAUCCCAAUCACACCCUCCAAACCCUAAGUUCACCCUCCCAAGAUUCUUCUCCACCAAUCACAACAACAACGACAAUAACACUAAAGAUCGCUCCACAUUCAAUUCCUGGAAAAUUUCUCAGGAAUACGACGGAAAUGGUGAUUCCAUCGUCGGCCAAGAGGCUGGAACGCUUGCCGGACUCACCGACGAGGGCGGUGCGGCUCCGGCUGAGGAUGAGUCGUGGUUGAAGGAUUCUCCGUGGACCUUCGAAGAGGAGAGAGAGAAAGGUAAUGUGUUGGACUUUGGAUGGGAAUUGCAGGAGGAGGUUCGUGCUGUGGGAGGUGAGACUACCAUUGAGGGUGACGGGAGCAAAGAGCUUCUUGAGAAGGAAGAGUCAGCUCUUUCUGCUGUGCUCAAAGGUCCAAAUCGUGCAUUUGGUGACCUUAUUGCAGCAUCUGGAAUCACUGAUGCAAUGCUUGACAGUUUGAUUGCCCUGAAGGACUUGGAAGGGGUUGAGGGAUUGCCCCCGUUAAGUGAGAUCGAAGACAUUCGUUAUGAAAAAAAUACAAGAAAAUCAACCAGGGCUGAGAUAGAGCGCCAGAAGCAGGAGGAAGUUGCAAAAGCUCGAGUUAGACAAGUAGAUGAAAAGGGAAGGGCUUAUGGAACAGGAAGAAGGAAAUGCAGUAUAGCCCGUGUUUGGGUUCAGCCUGGUGAUGGAAAAUUUAUGAUUAAUGACAAGCAAUUUGAUGUUUAUUUUCCAAUGCUUGAUCAUCGUGCUGCUCUUCUUCGACCUUUCUCUGAAACAAAGACAUUGGGUCUUUGGGAUGUCAAUUGUACUGUGAAGGGAGGUGGUCUCUCAGGUCAAGUUGGAGCAAUUCGUUUGGGGAUCAGCAGGGCUUUGCAAAACUGGGAACCAGGAUUACGGCCUCAGCUCAGAGAAGCUGGUUUCUUAACAAGGGAUCCCCGGGUGGUGGAAAGGAAAAAACCUGGAAAAGCAAAAGCAAGAAAGAGCUACCAAUGGGUCAAGCGUUGAUGGGUUUAAGGUUAUUCUUUCUAAGUUACAAGGAUUACUUCAUUUCUUUGGCACCAUAAGUUUUGUUUGAAAUGAUCAGAUAUUCAGAUGGCUUGACUUCUCUUUCCUAUUGUAGCUGUUCCCCCCAAGUUGUUUCACUCAAAAAUAGACUGCCUGGCAGAGCUGUGAAGAUUUAUUUUCAACCAAAAAUAAGUGUCCUUUUAGCUGUUUCCUGCUGGAGCAGACCUCUCUGUAUCUCUCAAAAUGCUUUAAUUUCUUAAGGUUAGUGCUGAUUGAUUAUUAUGCUUUCAAAACUCACAACACUUGCUUUGA